UCUGGUGCUGCCGGGUCACUAAACGGGACACCUGCCUCCAAGCUUUUAAUGAAUGACGACGUGCCUGAGAUAUUGCACGGCCUAGGAUCUUUAUCUAUUCCACGUUUUGGGCAAACGAUGACGAUAAAGCACGAUGUAGGAUCUGAGAAGAGAUCUCUAAAUGAGCUGAGAAGGGAAUGACUUCUGGUAACGACACACCGCUUGCCAAAACCACAUUGCCAAAGAAGGGACGUCGAAUGGGGGCAGCCAGGAUGUGGGGUCGCCCGCUCUCCAUAAAGACGCUGAAAAGAAACUUCUGGCUGGUUGUCUUGGCCUCCAUUCUGUUUCUAGGAGCGUGGAUGAUCUACGUGAACGUGACGACGUAUACGGACGGACACCCCAUCAACCGACGGUACAGCAGCUGGGCCGAGUUGGGCAAAGCUCUCGCACUCAACAAUAUUCCCGACACGGACCGCAAAGUGGAGUUUUACAAACCCGCCAAACAACACGAGCUGCCCACAAGCCCUGGAAAUCAUACGUGGAAUCACUCCGUCCCGUGGAGACCAGAGUUCAGGGGCCGAGUAAACCUCCACGUGUUUGAAGACUGGUGUGGAAGCUCCGUCAAACAGCUCAGACGUAAUCUCCAUUUCCCCCUCUAUCCUCACAGUCGCACCACAAUCAGUAAGCUGGCUGUCACCCCCCAGUGGACAAACUAUGCACUGCGCGUAUUUGGAUACCUGCAUCCCCCCACCGACGGAGACUUCCAGUUCGGGGUAUCUUCAGAUGACAACUCAGAGUUCUGGCUCAGCGAGGAUGAAACAGUGGGAAAGUUGCAGCUUCUGUGCCGAGUUGGUCCGCCUGGAAAUCAGUGGACGGCCCCGGGGGAGUUUAAUAAAUUCCAAAGUCAGAGGUCGGGGUUUGUAAGGUUGUCGGCAUCACGGAGAUACUACUUCGAGCUGCUGCACAAACAGGAUGACGCAGGAACGGACCACGUGGAGUUGGGGUGGCGUCUGUCCGGAGUCGGCUCUCCCUUCACUCUCAUAGACUCUCAAUUCCUGUCGCUUUACUCGGAUGAGUCUCACCUUCCCCUCGGAGACACAUCUUUCAUUCCGUUGACCUCUGCGAGCCACCCCAGUCUCUGCUCCGGCGCUCACCCUGCAGACAUGCUGAAGCCCGACCCACGAGACGACAUUUAUAAAGUUCCACUGCUCAGCAUGAAGCGACUUCGUAGCGUUCUGCCCUCCUGCCCUUACAAGCCCAGCUACCUAAUCACCGGAUACCCGCUACAGCGAUACCAGGGGCUGCAGUUUGUUCAUCUCACGUACGUCUAUCCUAAUGAUUAUACUCGGCUGAGCCACAUGGAACAGGAGAAUCCUUGUAUGUACCAAGAACAUCUGCGAUACAGUGACAGGUAUAAAUAUAACAGGUACAUGAAAAUGGAAGCCCCAGAAAAUCAAGGAGGAGAUGACGAUUAUAACCCCUCUGACUUUCAGUAUGAAGACAUGCAGGACGGCGCGAAGGAGGCAGAAGAGCCCAGGGACGAUACAUACGACAAUAACGUUCUAAUAAAGCAUAGGAAGCUUUUUGGGGAGUCGGAGGUUAAAUUUGCGGAAUCCAUGGCAAAGGAGUUACUAGAAAAACAGAGAAAAGUCAAUUCUUCAGAUCCAUCUGAGAGCGGGACUGAGCGAUCCCCGGACAGCCUUGAGAAAAGGCAGACGCUACAUGGAACGGCCAGCGAUGUUAAUGGCCGACCUCCACCCAACGGGCAAGACUCACGAUCCAUGAGUGUCCGCAGACUUGGGAAGAAUAAAAAGAUUACACCCCCAGGCACAAGGCAUGUUUCCCAAGUUCACAGGCGGACCACCUACCAAGGAGCAGGUCGAGGGGGUCAAAAAGUGGACUGGGAUGGUGAAGAGCAGCAGAAGAACAACAGAAGGGGAGCAAGUGAGGAUAUAUUGGAUGGGCAAGGGUUCGUAUUAAGUAUGGAUCAUCCGUUGAGUACUAGUGAGAGGAUGAGGCUUUCACAAGUAGGGAAGCAGCAAGAAUCGGACAAUGAGAAACAUAAGACAAUGGGUAAAGAAACCAUUGGUCCCCCAUGGACUGUAGGGACAAGGAGUAAGGAGCCCAGGCUGAGACAACAGGCGCAAAGGAAGGGAAAGCCGAUGUCUCAACAUGGAGAAGUAGUCAACCCAGUGUCUAAACCAGUUAAUGGAUGGGAGGAACUUUUGAAAUUGCAAAAGAGAAAUGGGCAGAUGUUUGAGCGAAGCGAUAGGGAAACACAGAACCCUAGAACUAGACAGGGUAGAAGAGAGGAGCAUGAACACGUUGGAAUGGGAAGGCGGAGGCUUGAAAAUGGUGGGAUGAAAAGAUAUGGUCCUGGAAAAGGUGAGAGUAGAAUAGAGUGGUCUGAACGGGGUUAUGGGGAAAGACAAGGUCUUAGAAACGCUCAGGGUGGUGGACAAGAGUCUGCACAAAGGAACAAGGAAAGAAGGGGCCUUGGACAGACUGAGGGUAGGAGACAGACGUUUGAAGAACUUGAAAGGAGAAAACAAACUGUCAGACAAGGUGAAGAUGUCAGUCGGGGGUUAGAAAACAGCAAGCAGGGUGUGGAGGACAGGAGUAAAUCAGAUACAAGAAGAAGACUAGAGCCUGAUCAGGUUAUGGACCCUAACUAUAACAGACUAUCGGUCGUGGAGAUGGAAAAGGUGAUUAAUGUUGAGCAAUUCAAUCAGGAUGAGGAUAGUCCUCCGUAUGAGGAGGAGGAAGAAGUGGAGGAAGAAAUGGACUACCCAUUUGUCUUUGAGGAGCCAGUCAGCUGGAACAGGACUUUUAGCGUGGGUCGGACGGAUUUCCAGGUCGUGCGCUCUGACUUCAUCGACCUUCAAUGUAACACGUCCGGGAAUCUGAUGCUGAGAGAAAGGGAGGCGAUGAGCGUCACCAGAGCCUUCAUGAAGAAACUGGACCAGCGAUAUCGAGGGAUCUACCAACUCUGGCGCGUUGUUAACGUAGAGAGGCACCUGGACUACGUACGAGGGAGUCGUUACUUUCUGGAGCUGGAGUUGAAGGACCGCUUCAACCGCAUCCUACGUUUCUCUCAGUAUGUUUUUGCCCCCGGCUGGAAUGAGGUUUCUCCGGAGGACCGAGAAGACGAGAGGGAGAUGAGGAACAUGAUGUGGGGUUCACGCAGAAGGCUUAUGGCAGCCGAAGAACGCAUGGAGCUGUGUUGGCCAUCUGGACUAACCUGGAACCCACAAGCCACGGUCUACUUUAUUGUGCCAGUUAAGAACCAAGCUCGCUGGGUGCAGAAGUUUAUCUGGGAUAUGGAGGCCCUGUACAAGACGACGUCCGAUGCCAGGUUCAGCGUUAUCGUUGUGGAUUUCAAUAGCACAGACUUGGACGUAAAGAGUGCUCUGAAACAGUCGCGCAUCCCCAGUUAUGAGAUGAUAACCCUCGACGGGAACUUUGAGCGCUCCGCGGGACUACAGGCUGGAGUUAACCUGGUUAAGAACCCGCACAGCAUCUUUUUCCUGUGUGACCUUCACAUGCACUUCCCCCCGUCCAUCAUUGAUUUGGUGCGCACGCACACGGUGGAGGGCAAGAUGGUUUUCGCACCUAUAGUGAUGAGGCUGAACUGCGGGGCGUCCGCUUGCUGGCCCGACGGUUACUGGGAAGUUAAUGGAUUUGGACUGUUGGGAAUCUACAAAUCCGACCUGGAUCGUAUCGGAGGAAUGAACACGGCGGAAUUUCGGGAGCGCUGGGGAGGAGAAGACUGGGAGCUGCUGGACAGGAUUCUUCAAGCCGGUCUGGAAGUUGAGCGCCUUGCCGUUAGAAACUUUUUCCACCAUUUCCAUUCAAAGCGUGGCAUGUGGAACCGACAUCAGGCGCCAGGAGGGCAAUGACAUCAUAGAUCGUAAUGCUGUCAU